CUCAACAUACAUUCAUCCUCAAACCCCUCUCCUCACCAUAAUAUUUCAGCUUUUUUUUGUUUUACAGACAUUAAUUAUUGUAGUUUAAAAUUCUCAGUCAUGGAUACCCGAGCUCUUAGUAGUGGUACAGUCCCUCAAUUUCUGCUUCCUCUGCAGACAAAUUUACACAUGCCAUCCCUUACACGCCUUCCCGUGAAGAAGAAGAUGCCCAGAUUUGCUGUUAAAGCUGUCAACUCUGGCGACUCAGAACAUCGGAAUAUUGUGGACGAAGAUAUGUUAGUGUUAAGGAAACGGAUGCAUGAGGUGAGAAUGGAAGAAAUAAAUUAUAUUCCUCCACAGCACUGGAUGGAGUGGGAAAAGAAAUGGUAUACAACUUAUGAUUCAGAUGUUUGCUCCUCCUUGCUGUGGUUGCAGAACAUUCUGCUUAAUACAAGACCUGGCGUCGCCGUGGCUAUAGUGGCUUUGAUUUCCUUAAGUGUUGCAGCAUCUCUCUUGGAGAUUCCAAUUCAUCUUAAGGAAAUCAUCACGGAGUUGCUCAAUAAUUUGCAUCUGUAGGUGUUGGUGUAUUUAAUCUUGUUACUCACACUAUAUUUUGGUACAAAUUAUUUUCAAUCAAUCUUUGCAUAUUUGUGUGAAGUCUGAUUGGAAAAGCAUACAGCUGUUUUGUGAAUAGUGAGAAAAUAUUGCCUA